CUUGGGUUUGAACGCCGAUAAUUCAAACAAAAACUCCCCAACGCAACCACCGUCUCUGUCUCUUUCUCUGCUCCGAGGCCUGCCCAGCACUUUUGACCGUGCGGAGCUGCAGAGAUGUUGCAGUUGCAGGGCCUGCGGGCGUUUUCAGUUGCCGAACCCACCCACUUGGCCUCCCCCUCCUACUCACGUGUCAUCCGGACGUCGCUCCGCCUCCGCCGUCAGUCAGCUUCCUUCCCGACGAGGCGGCCACGUCUCCGAUCACUCCCCAACGUCAGGAGCUGCGCCGCUCUCGCAUUCGAUUUCAAAGGUGGCAAAGGAAUGAGUGAGUUUCUUGAUGUUGAGCUCAAGGUCCGGGAUUAUGAACUUGAUCAAUAUGGUGUCGUUAACAAUGCUGUUUAUGCAGGUUAUUGCCAACAUGGUCGUCAUGAACUUCUGGAAAGGGUCGGCAUCAGUGCUGAUGGAGUUGCCCGCACCGGUGGCGCAUUAGCAUUGUCGGAUUUGUCACUCAAAUUCCUUGCACCUCUCAGAAGUGGAGAUAAGUUUGUCAUAAAGGUCAGGCUCGCUGGCUCCUCAGCUGCUCGCCUAUACUUUGAUCACUUCAUUUUCAAGCUGCCAAAUCAAGAGCCUAUCUUGGAAGCAAAGGCCACAGCAGUAUGGCUUGACAAAAACUAUCGUCCUAUCCGCAUUCCACCAGAGGUGAAAUCUAAACUUGUUCAAUUUCUUCGCCACGAGGAGUCGAACUGAUUUUCCUGCAACAUGAAGUUUGUUGGAUAGACGCCAUUACAAAGGCUCAUGUUGGAUACGCAUCUUGUUUCCGGGAAAUGAAGCAAAAGAAGAUUUCAGACACAAUUACACUUCAAGAAAGUAUGUUCUUAGUGUUAAAGAUGUAACUACAUUACUUGCAUGUUAUAGUAUUAAUUGGACAAGUUUGGUCUUCAAUCUGUAGGAUGAUCGAAGAAAAUGAGAAGCUCUAAAUUAUGUUGUUGAA